AAGGAAUCCAGCCUGGAGAGCUGAUCCCUCACACCUUUAUUCCCUUUUUUCACACCCACAUCGCCUCCUCCCUAUACGCGUUUAUUGACAUCCUUUCUUCUGCAUCCUUGCUCCUCCCUCCUCCUUCUUCCAUUCCGUCCUCAUCCUCCCUGCUUUCGCAUCCUUUUUUGCUUAGCCCAUCCUUCUUACGCGCUUCGUGUCCAUACCCUAUUUAUUGUUCAUAUACCCCCCCUCAACUUAGCUCAACUCAACUCAGCUCAGCUCUCGCCUCUCAAACGACCCACAUCGCAUGCAGCAACAAUCAGGUCCCGUCCUGGACGACGACCUUGUCGAGCUGAUCCAGGAUGUCGCAUCCCAGUUCUCUCAAAAGUCAACUUCAGACGCACAGAGCUUUGAGAAAACAAUACACCACAUCCGCGAGACCGAGACACUCCGUCGCGAGAUGCUCCAAGACGCGCGCUCUCUUCUUCAAAAGAUGUCAAGGAACCUACAGCUGUCCCGGUCCAAGGGCCAGCGCGAACAUGUCGAUCCCGAGAGUCUGAACCACGACGAAUGGAUGGUGAAAAUGGACCAAAAGAAAUUCUCCGUCGCCAAAUCGAUCCAGAAUCUCGAUCAGAAUAUCGCCUCUCUCGAGGCAGAAGUCCACCAGCUCCGGAUGUAUUCUCUCGAACUCGACUACAAAUCUCCCGGAACCAGUACGAACAAUGGAAGGAAUCAUACCUCCGCCACAGCAGCAGCAGCAGCAGGAGGACUAGGGAGUGACAAGAACUCAUCAAGGACAGGAGGAGCAGAAGGCGAUAUUGACGGGAUGCUGGAUGAGGAUGAUGUUCUUGAUGACACGGUCCAUGCGAUGGCAGUGCUGCGGCUGCAGUUGUACAGAGGAUUGGGGAUCGAGAUGCUCGAGAAUGAGCUGGGCGUUUACUCGAGGGCGAGGAUCCGGUCCCAGAACAGGAACGAGGUCCAUCUUGUCAAGUUUGAUAAACAGCUCUCACCCUUCUUUGAGACGAACCUCAUCUGGGACUUUGCUUCCUAGAAAGCGAAAACGGACGUGGAGGACCCAUGUAUAUCAUAUAUAUUGUAUACCAAGCAACAAUCUAUCUAUUGCAGGGAUGAAUAAGAACGAACUUGUAAUAAUUCUACCUGAUUUUUUCUUGCAUACUGCGUCUUCGUUAAAAACGCG